GGAAGUCAGAGAAAAGCAGAAAAAGAAUACAACCAUGCUUCAGAAAGGCUCAGAAAUUAUGUGAAAUCCAACAGCAUCUCUCCUGACAGUGGAUACAUACAAGAAGUAAUCCCUAGAGGCUUCAGCAGCCUACAAAAUAUGGAGAAUGACCAGCACCCUGGGAGCUCAGGCUGGAAUAGGCAUCUUGAUGCCCACCACACUGAGAAAAUGGAAAAUGAAGCAGGAGCAACAGCCCCACUCCAUCCUGGUCCCUUCAGCCCAACACCAGAGAAAGACUUGAAUUGCAGCAAUGACCCAAGCUCCAACUCUUCCAUGACCACAAAGGAGCUCCAAGAAUACUGGAGGAAUGAGAAAUGCCAUUGGAAACCAGUCAAACUGCUCUUUGAAAUCUCAUCUGCCAGAAUUGCAAAAAAAUAUUCUUCCAAAUAUGUGAUGUACAAAAUCAUUGUCAUCCAGACAGGGAGUUUUGACAGCAACAAAGCCAUCCUGGAGAGGCGGUACUCAGACUUUGAGGCCCUCCACAAAAACCUCCUGAAGAAUUUCAGCGAAGAAAUUGAAGAUAUCAUCUUCCCCAAGAAAUACCUGACAGGCAACUUCACAGAGGAGAUGAUCAGUGAGAGGAAGCUUGCCUUCAAGGAGUACCUGAGUCUUCUGUACUCCAUCAAGUGUGUCCGCCGCUCCAGGGAGUUCAUCGACUUCCUCACCAGAGCAGAGCUGAAGGAGGCCUAUGGUUGCCUCAGGGCAGGACAGUACAUCAAGGCCUUGGAUAUUUUUAUCCAGGUGGUGCCCCUGCAGGAGAAACUCACCCGUCACUGCCCUACUCUGGUGAUCCCUUCCCUGUGUGCCAUGUUGGUGUGCCACCGAGACCUGGAGCGCCCCACGGAGGCUUUCGAGGUUGGGGAGAAGGCUCUUCUCCACUUGCAGACCCGCUCUAGUCACAGGUACUACGUCCCACUGCUGGAGGCUAUGAUCCACCUGGCCUACAUGUUGGGGAAGGACUUUGUAUCUUUGCAAGAGAGGCUGGAGGAAAGUCAGCUCCAGAAGACCCCAGCCAGAGGGGUCACCUUGAAAGAACUCACUGUCCGAGAAUACUUACACUAAACCUGGCGAUGAAAAUAACGCUUCACAUUUCGGGAUGGCUUUGCAGCCAAGUCAGGUCAAGGCAAUGAAGAUUUAUGGGACUCUUACUAUGUGCCAAGAAUUAUCCUAAGCCCUGGGGAUACAGAGGAGGGCAAAUGCAACCUCUACCCAGAAAAGAGCUCACAUUCUAUUGGGGAGAGGACGUAUAACCAUGUAGGGAGAUAAUAUGUAGGGAAAUCAAAGAUAUAUAAAUAGAGCAAAUAUAAGAUACCGAGGUGGUAAAGGACUCCCAGAGUAAGUAAGUGGGAUUUGAGCUGGAUCUUGAAGGAAGCCAGAGAAGCUAAGAGGCAGAGAUGAGAGGAGAAAAGAUUCCAGCAUGGCAUAUGGCUACUACAAAGGCAUGCAGACAGGACUCAAACUACUAUUGUUAAAACAAAGAGAGUGUGGUGGAGAAUAAGAGGUAAGAAGACAAGAGGGCAGCUUUAAAAGCUCUUUUUUUUUUAAACAACAGAUCUAUGAGGUAGUUAGUUUAAGUUUUAUUAUCUAUAUUUAAUAAAUGAGGAAACAGGCUCAGAAAAGUGAGAUAACUUGCCCAAGGUCUCUUGCUUGGGAGGAGAACUUGAACUUGGGUCUCUCCUAUACUAUGUCCAUUUCUCUAUAACUUGAGUCCUAAGAAUUUUUUUAAAAUAACUAUUUCAAUAUAAUUGGUUUCCUGUGAAUUUUCUUUAUCAGUCUAAUCACAUGAUUCUGAGGUUUCACCAGACUGUCAAAAAAAACCCCAAAAACCGUGAAGAACCUUGAACUGAACCAUCAAGAGCCCUUUGGCAAUAUUUUCAGCACCUGAUGUCAUCAGGCAGACAGAGCAAUUGGAGAGAGAGAGUAUGUCAGGUGUUCAGGGCUACGUCUACAUCUAUAAUAUGAAAUGGAAAGGUAGAACAAUCAACCAGAUGUCCGGGUGUCUGUCUCCAGAUUCCUAGUUUGAAUUUAAAUAGAUGAUUUUUUUAGAUAAAACGGAAACUGCUCUGGUAGACAUGAAUUGUCCAAACCCAAUUUUUGGAUUCUGAGUUUGAGGUUCAGCUUCAAGAGAGGACAGCAACUUGGAUUUUGUUAUUAUUAUUAUUUGGGGGGGCAGAGUUGGGUAUGGGAAUUGUUAUCCCUUUCCUUUUGAAUGAGGACAUAAACAGCUCACUUAAAAAGUGAUUUUUAAAAAUUGUUUUUGCUUUUUACAAAGGGAUUGCCACCUCCUGGCUUGACCUUACAAAUGCCUUUAUUUUUUCCACAGAUUUCCUUAGUCUUUCCCCCAAAGCACACUCCAAAGAACCAGACCCCACAGCACAUAGUUAAUAGAAUUAUUCAGGGCUCUGAGAAAAGGGACCAACUUCAAAAGAUAGCUUCAGGAAACCAGACUCAAAGUGUCCUGGCUUCUGGCCUACAGAAGCUAUUGAAAAUAUUCAAUUUCCUCCCCAUCUGUGUUUCUUAGAGGAUCUUUCACCAGGUCAUUGCCAGAUACAGGCCAGUAUGUCAGGAUGUACUCCCAAAUCCAUCUGCAAACACCUCUUCUAUAUUCAUAUUCAUGAUAAUCCAUCCCUGAUUGUUUCCCUCCUGCUUCUUCUUACUACUCAUUAGUCCUUAAGUUGCAUGCCUUUCUCCUUUUGUUACUUAAAUAAAUGUGGAAAACCA